AGGGAGGCUGGGGAGGGGCAGCGCGGCUCGCCGGCAGACAGGGCAUGGGGUGCGGCGCGCGGCAUGCCGAGGGAGGGAGGAAGGAGAGGGGCGAGAGAGACGGAGGGAACGGGCGGAGGACGAUUCCAACGAAAACCGAGGGGGUGGGCUCGGUAUGAAGGGAGAGCGGGUGAGUGUCUCAUGAAUACCGAUCGGCAUUAGGGAUGAUUUCCAAUUCCGAAUUCGGGUGUUAUCAAUGUCAAUUCGGCUGAGUAUCUACAUCCAAAUGCAGUGCUAACUCUUCCGGUUCCUUCCUCUAAAAAAAAGAACUCUUCCAGUUCCUCGGCGGCUCGCCGUCGUCCACCCGCUCACCCGACCGGCCACCCACCACUAGUCCACCGCCACCGGCCUCCGAGCCCCAACUACCAAUCGCUCUAGUCUCGCCCCCACCUCUCCGGCACUCCCAUGGCUGAGCAUCGGCGCUGGACGGACGACCUCCCCGCCGACCUCAUGUCCGAGAUCGUCCGCCUCUUCCCGUGCGCAAAGGACCGCCGCACCAUCACCACCGUCUGCCGCACAUGGCGCGCGCGCGCCCAGAUCCCUCCCCCGCCACCCGCGCUCCCGUGGCUCCUCCUCCCGUCCGCCGGCUCGACUCCCGUCCACUGCUUCCUCAGCGACUUCCGCGUCCGCCACGACAUCGGUGCGCCCCCGCACGGCGCGCGCUACUUCGGGUCGCACGACGGCGCCUGGCUCUUCCUCGCCUACCAGACUCGCCGCCACGAGCUCCUCAACCUCCGCGACAACAGCAGCUAUGUCCUCCCCGACCUGGUCCGCCAGCAGCAGAACGACCGCGACAUGGUCAUCCUCGCCGCCACCCUCGUCCCCGCCGGGCCACCCAAACUGCGUCGGCGCCUGCAUCAUCGGCAGCUGGCCGGACAACCCCGCGCUCCGGCGCUUGGCCUUCUGGCGCAUGAGGUCUCUGUCGGCCAAGCCCGACUGGUUACCUCCAGUGGAUUUCGAGGUGGGCGGAUGCUGUUACUUCCCGAGCUGAAGUUCUUGCAGCCAGAGGGGCGCAACUACGACGGACUCGUCGUCCGUGCUCGCUACCUCGUGGCGUCCGGCGGGGAACUGCUGAUGGUCGUCAGGGUGUUCCGGGCCCGGCUCAGAUUCCCCAGUCCGACGAUGACGACGAGGAGGACGAUCAAGGCGAGGAGGUUGAGUACACCUGGUGCUGGGGCGAGCUGGACACGCUGGGUGCUGUUCGUGGGGAGAGGCUGCUCCAGAUCCUACGAGGUGGCCCAGUACCCGGGGUUCAAGGCUGGCAUCUACUUCUUGGAUGAUCGGAGCUUCUACGACGAGGGGAUGAUGUUCCGUGGUGUCAAUGAGAAGCAGUAUCCCUGCAACGACAACGGGAAGUGGUCAGAAGGACCACCUCCUGGUAUCAAAGGCUACGCCCCGCAGGACAGUUCGAACAACUGCUCUCCUCCGGCAUGGCUUCUCCCUUGAGACGGCAAGUUUUUGGCUACGAAACUCCAGUUCAUGAGUUUCAGAUGUACUGAUGUUUGCGUGCGAUUGACGAUGUGAAAUUGCCAUGUUGAUCGGGCAGCUGCUUAUUGCAUUUGCUAUUAGAUUGUUGCCGAAAGCCUGAAGACAGUUGCUGAUUGCAGAACAGUGAGAUUGUUGUUCAGAUCCAUGUGUUUCAUUUGUCAUGCCUUGUUAGUUGUUACUACUUUC